AUGCCUGCCAGGAAGCGCGCCCGCAAGGAGGCCGAACCGGACAAGCCCAUUGCCGCCGCAGAAAAGGCCAAACCACACAAUGAGACCCUGGUCCGACUACGAAACAUGUGGCAGUUUGCUGCUCUCAUGCAGUACAUGUACAUCUUUGGCAAACCCGUCAAGAUCGAUCCAGACUUCGACAUGGAGGCAUGCGCCCAGCCCGACUCCAUCACAGACCAACUACUGACUAUAUACCAGGAUCUGGAGCACGAAUGUCUGAGACCUGAAGCAUCAGAAAAGCUGGCCGAGAUUGCCCUUACCCUGCUCAAAUUCGUCUCUUCACACAGAGGCCUGACCUACGAAAACUAUGACGAAUACACACGCCGCCAGUAUAUAGCAAAAGCACCCCUGCGCAACCCCUACGGCACCGACGAGACCCCCAACAAGUUUGCCGAAUUCGACGUCUUCACCAAAAUUCGUGUCCUGCAUCAACUAUCCAACUGGACUCUCUGGAACGCAGAGCGCAUGCGUGGCUUGAUGGAAGAAAAGGACAAUGAGCAGACUCAAUGGCGCAUCGAAGAGCUUGGCUGGGACUCUCAGGACCGCUCCUACUUCGUCCUGGACGACGACCGCCUAUACCGCCGUACCGAAGCGCCCUUACCACCCGCUCCCACGCCCAAACCGAAAGCAAAGGCCAAAGCACGCAAGUCUCGUGGCUCACGUGCCAGCAAACGCAUCAAGCUGGACACUUCUGCCCAAGAGAGUGAAGCCGAAGGAGAUGAGCACGAGAACACCGAGGUCGACGUAAAGAAUGACGAGGAACCCGAAGACGACGGAUUCGGUGGCAUGAAAUGGGAGUGCAUUGCUGUCACGCACGACGACUACACCAUCUUCCUGGAAUCUCUCCGCAAGAGUCGCGAUCCAAACGAGAAGGCGCUGGUCAAGCGUAUCAAUGAGCAGAUCAUGCCCAUCCUUGAAAAGCGCGUCGAAGCACAACGCCAAAAGGUGUUGAAAAAGCAAAGAGAAUUGGAGAACCUGCAGAAAAUGGCCACAGCAAAGAGAUCUAGCAGACUUGCUGGCAAGGCAGAGCAGCGCAAGGCCGAAGAGGACGCAAUAGAAGCAGAGAGGAGAAGACAAGCAGAGCUUGAUAUGGCUCGCAAGGAGCAGCAGAAACAGACCAAGAUGGAACAUGCCCGUGAAUCACGCAUGCUUACCAGAGAACAGAGACUCAAAGAGCGCGAGGUCAAGCGCAUCCUGCACGAGGAAGAGCUUCGCAAGCUUGAGGAAAACCAAAAGAGCUUGGAAAAUGGCGGUGAGAUCGAGGGUCGUCUGUCUGAGCGUCACCUCAAGGCCGAGAUGGAUAGGAGACAGAAAGAGCUGGACGCGCUAGCCGAAGAGGAGGACGAGUGGAUCUUUGACUGUGCGGUCUGCGGCCAGCACGGCCAGAACUUUGACGACGGCACUCAUUCAAUUGCUUGCGAAAAGUGCAACAUCUGGCAACACUCGAAAUGUCAUGGCAUUGACGAGAAGGACGCCGAGAAGGACGAUUUCCACUUCAUCUGCUCCGACUGCAGCAAGCCCAAGCUGCCUCCGUUGCACCUG